AUGCAAUUCAAAUCUUUUAUCACUUCAGCCGUCAUCGCCAGCAUGGCCAGCCAGGUUCUGGUCGUCGCUAUGCCCCAGAGCACGGCACCAGCAGCACAGGUCUUUGGUUGCUUCGUCCAGAUGUCUGUCAGGACUCAGGACAGCAAGGACGAGACAAAUAUUUCCAGUGGUGGAUACCUCCUGACUACCAAUCCCGGCCAGCUCGUUUUCACCGACGGCAACAACAACAUCACCGUCAAGGUGGACAAGGACUGUCAAUCGGCAGGGAUAAGCUACCAUCGCAGUGAAGUUCAUUUCACCGCUCUUCAAAAGCUUAGCGAAAAUGGUGGACCAUUCGAAUUUGACCAGCCCCUGAUAGAGUUGCAGUAA